UAUUACUGAUUUAGAAUUCCCAAUUUUUGAGGGUGAAAUGAUACAACCUUUACCACUUUUAGUACAAAAAGUUGCUUCAAAGUGAUCACAAUGGCUUAUAAAAUUGUGGGUGCUAACAAGUUUUUAUUUUCAAUGUUUUUGUUGUAUUGUGUUACUAACGGAGAUUGUGGAAGGAAAGAAAUACUAAUUAAUUCGAAAUGUGAGCCACCAAGGGGAGACACCUGCAUUGACAUCUACCAGUGCCCGUUCUUCGCCGACCUGUUAAAAAAGAGUCCGAAGCCCCGUCCACUGAGCAUCAUCAAAAUGAUCCGAAGCCACCAAUGCGGUUUGAUCGGUAGAAAAGUACCGAAGGUGUGUUGCACCAUGCAGGCAAAGAAUGGUGAAACAUUGACGGAACACUCCUGGAAAUCCAACGGCUUAAUGAGCCACAGGAAUUUCGAUUUGCUACCGCACAAAACGUGUGGACCGAUGUCGGGCAGUUCGAGGAUCAUCCGUGGCAACAAGGCUUCCAUUGGGGAAUUCCCCUGGAUGGCCUUAAUCAUAUACAACACAGAUCAACGUUUGGACUUCAAGUGUGGCGGGACUGUUAUCACCGAAAGAUACGUCUUGAGUGCGGCCCAUUGUAAAUUGAAGUCGGCGAUUGGCGUCCGCUUGGGGGAGUACGACGUGGACAAGGUAAUCGACUGCGAGGACGGUUACUGUGCACCAGCUCCCCAAGAUUUUUAUAUUGAAUCGUUUGUUGUACAUCCUGGGUACGAUCCCAAAACGUUCGUUAACGAUAUUGGUAUCAUCAAAUUGUUAACACCUGCUAAUUUUGGCGACCCCAACGUUCAACCAAUAUGUUUGCCAAGCGACGAAGCUGCAAACGCAGAUUUGGUCGGAACACAACCAGUUGUGACCGGGUGGGGUGUGACCGAGGAUGGAACAAAGAGCAGCAAACUGUUGAAAGUACAAAUACCGAUAGUUCCUACAUCGGAGUGCCGCAAAGUGUACAGCCACUUCGCCCCCAUUUCCGAAAAGCAGGUGUGCGCAGGCGGAGUGGACGGCAAGGAUUCCUGCGGCGGCGACAGCGGCGGCCCCAUGCAGUAUCUCGGAAGCAUGGGUGGGAGGCUCGCCUUCAUUCAACACGGCAUCGUUUCGUACGGGCCUAGGGACUGUGGCACCGUUGGUCAGCCAGCUAUUUACACCAGGGUGGACAGUUAUAUGGAGUGGAUUUUGGACAACUUAGAUCCUUGAGAUUGACUUGUCUUUGGUAUAAACAACGUGAUGACUGGUUUAUAUGACUGACAAUGGUCUUAUACCUGUAUAUGGAGAACGUGUGUCUGACUAAAUUAUUAUUUAUGAUUGUACAUAAUUGUUAAAUAAAAUUAUUAAUUUAAUACGUUAA